AUGACAAACCUAUCUCACACCUUCACUUCCCAAAAUAAAUUAGGAACUUCGUCGGAUGAUAGUUUUCCAAAGUUCUUCAAAGUGUACCUACCUGGUGAAUUGGGAGAUGAUAUGGAUAUACCCGUUUCUUUCAACAGCUUCUUACCAAGAUCUUUGCCUAAGAAAGUAAUUGUUAGAAGCAUUUAUGGAAAGAGCUGGAAACUGAAGCUGAGGAAACGUUGUGGUGAAAUUGAGAAAUUUUCAAUGGUUGAUGGCUGGAAGAGAAUUGUCAAGGAUGAAGAUCUAAAGGGCGGAGAGUUCUUGACGUUCGAGUUUGAUGGCUCUCGGCUCUUCAAUUUCUGUAUUUUUGGCCAAGCGACGUGUAAAAGGCUUGGUUAUUCAGUGGAAACCAAAGACGUCGAAGAUGAAUCUGAUGGUGAAGAUGAUACAUCUAGUGAUGAUAUCAUAGUUAUUGAUGACGAUGACGAUGAUGAUGAUGAUGAUGAUGAAGAAGAAGAAGAUGAAGAUGAAGAUGAAGAUGAUGAUGAUGAUGAUGAUGGUGGUGAUACUGAUGAUCAAGAUACUGGCGGCGAUGAAAAAUCUAGUGUAAAGAUCAUAGUUAUUGAUGAUGAUGAUGAUGAUGAUGAUGAAGAAGAUGAAGAUGAUGAUGAUGAUGGUGGUGAUACCGGUGAUCAAGAUACUGGCGGCGAUGAAAAAUCUAGUGUAGAGAUCAUAGUUAUUGAUGCUGAUACUGAUGAUGGUAGUGGUGAUCAAGAUUCUGGUGACUUAUUGAUGAUGAUGAGGAUGAUGAUGAAUAUGCUGAUGGAGAUGAUGGUGAUGAUGAUGAGAGAAGGAGUGGAGUUGAGACGGAGAGAAAAGAGUAAGGUUCUUCUAAAGUCUCAGAUAAGAGUGACAGUGAAGAUGACAGACAAUAAGAAGGAAUCAGAGCAGGACAAAGAGGCGACAAUGAACAAAGGAAAUUCAUCGGUUAAUCGUCUUCCCAAGUUCUUGAAAGUGUACUUACCUGGUGUAUCCGGAGAUGACCUGGAAAUACCAUUAUCUUUCAACAGAUGCUUACCAAAGUCUUUGCCUAAGAACGUAACCAUCAUAAGCAAUUAUGGAAACAUUUGGAAAACGGCCUUGAAGAGAUCCGGUGGUGAAGUUGAGAGAUACGUUCUGGUUAAUGGGUGGAAGAGUAUCGUCAAGGACAAGGAUCUGUCCCAAGGAGACUUUUUGGAGUUUAAAUUCGAUGGGUCUCGUUGUUUUAACUUCUCUAUCUACGAGUCCCGCACAAUGUGCAAAAGGCUCAGAAGAUGUUCAGUGCAAAGUGAAGAUGACACCAGUGAAGGUUUUGUUCUUGAUGAUGAGGGAGAUUCCGAAGAUCCUGAUUACAAGUGUGAGGAUGAUAAUGAUGAUGCUAUUCCUGAGGAUGAUGAUGAUGAUGAUGAUGAUGAAGUUGUUGAUGAUAGACAGUAUUUGGAUGAUAUCAACAACCCGUUCUUUAAAGUGACCCUGAAUCUGAAGAACAGAAGCCAAUUGCGCAUACCGUCUAAGCUGAUAAAAGACUAUAGCCUAAACUUCUCUGAGAGUGUAACUCUCACCGAUCCACUCUCGAUAAAAUUCGGGACACUGACGAAGAAAAUCAAGAUUCAGACGAAUGGUUGUGUGUUUAUCAAGGGAUAUGGAGCUAUACUCAGAAGGAACAGCGUGAGGUCAAUGGACAAAAUGAUAUGCGAACUGCAGAAGACGGGUAAUAACAAUCUGGUUCACACAAUCAAGUUCCACAUUAUCACUAUAUGA